AUGGCUACAUCUCGGGAUAUGAAAAUGCAUAAGCUCGAAAAGAUCAUAGGUCAUACCUUUGUGCUUAAAAGAUUGGUCUACCUUGCUUGCACUUCUGCUGGUGCAGACCCCAGCAACUAUGACGGGAACAGAAGACUAUCUCAACUUGGAGCAUCUUUGGUGGACUCCGUCCUUGCCAUAAUAGUAUUUUUGGUCGACGGAAGCAGAGAAUGUACUGCAAACCUGAGAAAGGGUUUUCUUGACAAGAAAAAUUAUCAUUUUGUGGCGAAGCGGGCCGGUAUCGAUGAGUGCAUAGAAUAUAACGAGCGCACUGACCCCAAUUCGCCAGAGGUUUUCCGUAAAGCCAUAAAUGCUAUCAUAGCAGCUGUAUUCCUUGAUACCUGGAGCAUCAAGACCACGAUAAUCGUCAUCUUACGGAUCUUCUCUCGGCCCAGUGACGACAGAAUUUUUGGAGAACUGCCUGCUAUUCCAAUUGAUACUAUAGAAGCACUCUCUAGUGUGCCCAGAAUUAUACUUGCUCAGGAAAGUGGUGUGAUCGAUCCUAGUAUACUUUUGAGCAAUGAGUCUUUCGAAAGAUCUUCGAUUUCGCCAAUGUUGCACAGAUUACUAGAACACCAAGUCGAAACAACGGCUCCUAUCGUUACAGAGGCGACAGAUAAUAUGACUGAUAAAUUCAACAUCUCAGACUUUCUGAGAGACGACUUAUUGUUAAUGGAAGAUGAAAAUCACGCGAAUGGAUUUGAAAAUGAUGCAGAGAUUGAGUUAACACCUGCAAUCGAUGGCCAUAGUACAACUUCAUUGAUGCAAGGCGGCACACCGGUGACACAUCGUCGGAGAGGUUUGUCCAGUGACGACGAAAGCAUCACAGUGGCGCAUCUACCGAAACGAGGGCGUAAGGCCAAGAGCACGAAAUUUUCAGUUCUGCAGUCCCAAGAGGCUGAGGAAAUUCUGUCAAAAGAGAGAGAAAAUUGUGCUCUACACAAUGUACAGCCUCCUGAAAAGGUUUACUUCUCUCCCAGCAUAGUGAAUAGAGCCUGCAAGCUUGAAAAGGAAACUCUAGGGGGACUUGUGAUGAUCUUGAUAACAAUUGCUGGCCCCCGAUCAGUGAUAGCCUUGAGAGAGACAAUUAUCUGCGAAAGAGUGGAGAAAACAAUUGAUUCAUUCCACCUGGCUCAGAAUAUCACCAAGCGGCAGCGAUACGACCUGAUAAAAAGACUGGGCCAAAAGAAAAUACUUUUCCAAUUGCUCCGCUGGUAUCAUGUUCUCGAUUUAUUUGAGCAGUGUGGAGGAACCCGGACUCAGUCUAGCACGGGAUUUGUUAACAAGACAUCGGCGGAUUUUGUACGUCCAGAACGGCGCCCAGGGAAUCCUGGCAAAAGAGCUGAUUCACAAGUGGUACAAGCAAUGAAGGAGUCGCUGAUGGAACUAAACCAUAGCAGUCGCGUCAGCGAUAACGAACGCACUAUUUUUAUGCGGUAUUGGAAGUUGGGACAGCGACUCUACAUGCUCACGAACAAGUUCGGUCGAUGGAUACUUGGUCUGAUGGUCGCCCCGGCUAUGAAUAUUGAGGUAACAGAUAAUAUGCUAAUAAAUCCCAAAGACGAAAUUUUCCGUGACUUCGUCAAUUUGCUCGAAGAAUCUCAGGGUCAGUGGUUAAGAACAUGUGGUGAUGCAGCCUCUCAUUUACUUUGCCCGUUGCUUGAAUCUCGUCUAGAUGAAACAAGGAUUUUUCAGCUGGAAUCUAUGGAACCCCGAGAUAUUAUGUCGCAGCCCAAGUGCUCGGAGGCGCUUUUUCGCACUAUCGCCUAG